AUGAAUCACAAAUAUUCGCCGGUGGAUCUCCCACAAAAGAAAAAGUGGACGGAAGAAGAACGGAAUGCUCUUGCCCAAAAACUUGACGAUGACCUCGAACAGUUCAUGCAAGAAAUGGCUUCGAGAAAAGUGAGUUUUUUGAGGAUAUCCGGAAACAAACUGAAUGUAUAACUGUCUUAGUCUGAAAAACAAGAGGAGAAGAAGGCGUUCGAUUUCGAUGAAUGGUGCAAGGAAAUCGAUCAGCAUCCGGCGUUCAUGACGGAAAUGCCGACGGACGGAAAGUACAAGGACACGAUCGAAGCGUUGCAGUCAAUGAAAUACGACAAAGAAGACGACGAGGACAGGCAGAUGAAUGCGGAGCACCACAAAAACGAAGGGAACAAGCACUUCAAGUACAAGAAAUAUCGGUGGGCGACAGAUUGCUACUCAAACGGAAUAAAAGAGCAGUGCUUGGAUCGGAAACUGAACGCAGUGCUCUAUUUCAACCGUGCGGCGGCUCAGAAGCACAUUGGAAAUCUGCGAUCGGCGAUUAAGGACUGCUCAAUGGGACGGAAGUUCGAUCCGACGCAUUUAAAGGGGCUAUCCGUGGAGCAGAGUGUCUUCUGGAACUCGAAUACGCGAAAGACGCGCUGAAUUGGAUUGAGAGCAGCAAAAAGGCGUUUGCUUUUGUAAAAGAAACUUCUGACAAUCGUAAGUUUCUCGGAUAUUCUUUAGAGCUUAAUGGUUUUUGAAUUUCAGCAGACUUGACGGAAGAGGAGAAGAAAUAUGUGGACGAGUUGGAGAAAGUUCGCGAAAAGGCAGUUGAGCUAUCGUUGAAAGAGGAAAGGAAUAAACGGAAAUCUCGGGCGGAGGAACGAAAAGAAACGGAGGCGAAGAAGAAGUUGUUGGAUGCUUUGAAGGAGAGAAAUCUGAAUCUGAGCCCGAGAGUUCCGUUCAAUCAUCCAGAGCUCAUGGAUAUGGCCAGGCUGACCGUUUCCCUCCCGCUCAUGCAAUCGGUACUGGCAUACUUAGUUUGUAUUCAUUAUAAUAAUUUCCAGCACGAAUGCGUAAAAUUCGACGACGACUCCAACCUAGUGUGGCCUGUGCUUCUUCAGUAUUCGGAGGCCGGACAGACGGAUGUUUUGACCGAAACGAGCGAGUUGACGGCGGUCGGAACUCUGCUGCAAGAGGUGCUCCGCGAGCCGGCCGAAUGGGAUCCGGAGCACAAGUUCAAGUUCGAAAAUGUUCGAUUCUUUGUUUCCGAUCAGUAUGACGAGUAUUUGAUGGAAGUUUACGAGUGGAAUGAUUUCAAAACGGUCUUCAGUAUGCCCGGCUAUCAAAUCAAACAGGGACUUCCCGUUAUCAUGGUCAGUUUGGGAACGCAAAUUUCAUCUUCUUCAGCUAAUUUUUCAGAUACUCACAAAAGAAAAAGCAUCAAAAUCAUUGGAGGCGAUUGCGGAAAACGAGAAUCGAUACGUCGCCAAAUAA